AUGGCGGUCAUGCACGACCAGCAAUGCGGCAGUGUCUUGCCAAGCGUCGCCUCGGCUGCUGCGACUGCACGCGAGCGCCGAGUACUCAACAUCAUCACCGUGGAGGAAGUAGACGCAACCGUCGGGUUCUCAGGUGACAGCAUCUACCGAAUAAGACGCCGAGGUUCAUGGGCAGACAACUGA